GGAGUGGUAGUAUGAAUUGGCAAGGACUAGGUUGCCCGUUAGGGGGUCUCUGGAGAUGCAAAGCUUAAGUGGAGGCUGCAGUGGCUCCCCGGCAAGGUAAAUGCUAGGCAGCUCAAGACGAGCGAGGUGGGCUUUGGAGUCAUCGAGAAGCGAUUGGCCAUGUCGAAGAGGGCGACACCUCGAGAUGUUUCGAAAACCAAGCCAGAGAUAUGGCUAUGGAGGAUGGAUCCAACUGGAGCAACAUUAUAAGGGGGAAGCUAAAAUGAUGAAAGAUGGAAAUGUUUUCAGAGUUGUCCAAGAGAACUGUUGGGAUCCAGAGGUUCGAAUUAAACAGAUGGACCAAUCAGGAGUGACUGUCCAGGCUCUUUCUACAGUUCCUGUCAUGUUUAGCUACUGGGCCAAACCACACCAUACUCUAGAUCUAUGCCAGUUAUUAAAUGACAACUUAGCAGCCACAGUAAACAAGUACCCAAAAAGAUUCAUUGGCCUUGGGACGCUCCCCAUGCAAGCUCCAGACAUGGCUGUGAAGGAAAUGUAUCGCUGUGUGAAGAUGCUUGGCUUUCCUGGCGUGCAGAUAGGAUCUCAUAUCAAUGACUGGGACUUGAACAGCCCAGAACUCUUUCCAGUCUAUGCUGCUGCUGAGCAAUUGAACUGUUGCAUCUUUGUGCAUCCCUGGGACAUGCAGACAGAUGGAAGGAUGGCUAAAUACUGGUUUCCAUGGCUUGUAGGCAUGCCUUCAGAAACAACUAUCGCCAUUUGCUCCAUGAUAAUGGGAGGUGUUUUUGAAACUUUCCCCAACCUGAAAGUUUGCUUUGCUCAUGGAGGUGGUUCUUUUCCUUACACGCUAGGGCGCAUUUCCCAUGGAUUCAAUGUGCGGCCCGAUUUGUGUGCGGUUGAAAAUAAUGUUGAUCCAAAGAAAUAUCUUGGUUCAUUCUACACAGAUUCACUUGUCCAUGAUCCACAUGCACUGAAGCUACUGAUAGAUGUAGUAGGGAAGGACAAAGUCAUGUUGGGAACAGAUUAUCCUUUUCCUCUUGGGGAACAUGAACCUGGAAAACUGAUUGAUUCCAUGGAAGAGUUUGAUGAUGAACUCAAGGAUAAACUCAAGUUUGACAACGCUCUUGUAUUCUUGGGUCUUAACAGAAAGCAGUUUGAAUAACAUUGUAACUACUAAAAACAUUUAUCAUCAAUAUUAUAACUUUAUGUAUAAUCAUGUGACAGUUACAAAUAAAUAGAUGUGUGAUAUUUA